AUGCCUAAUAUCAAGUACUUAAAUUUGAAGGGUGCACAAGUCAAUCGGGAUGGUCUUGUCACGUUGUUGCGCGGAUGCAAAGAUCUGGUGCUGUUGGACGCCAGAGAUUGUUAUGGAUUCGAUGAGAACGACGAUGAAAUAUCAAAGCUUGAGUCUCAUAUUAGUAAAUUUAUGUGCGAAGGUUCUGAAUUUCCUGAAUUUCUUUGUGGUAUGGACAAUUUUGUUCUUCCUGUUGAUGGAUACUCAUUUCAUCUGCAUGUGGAGGAGACGUGGGAUGAAAUGCUCAAUUAUUUGAGCAAUGCGUUCAAUGAUUUGGGCGACGAGGAAUGA